AUCGUUAGGCGUCCAACAAAGCCGUGCUGUGAUUGGCUGCCCUUCCGGCGACACCGGGCUGACAAGGGGGAAACAAAGAUGGUGGCUCCCAUGACGUUCUCGGCGGUGGAGGCCUCCCGCGGGAAGCGAGCCGUUCUCUCCAUCGCUCUGGUGGCCGCUGUGGUGGGACUGCCCCUGUGGUGGAAGACGACCGAGACCUACCGAGCCACCCUGCCCUACUCCGACAUCAGUCAGCUGGGAUACCUGCAGCUCCAGCUCACUGUGCCUGUUGAGGUGGUGUUUUCUAAAGGAACGCUGACUGCUGAGCAACAAAGGAGAAUCCCAGCUUCAGAUACAGACGGAAAGGAGAUUGUAAUAAAUGCUCAUACCAGUUUUCGAACCCACUAUGAGUUCAAGUACAGAAGAACAAGUAUUGAGGAGGAUGAAGUACUCUCUAUGCCGAGUUUACAAGAAGCAGAUGAAGCUCUUCAGCAGUUCAGUAAAGGAACCCAGGGAUCCCUGUCACUGGUUAUUGUAUCAGAAACCACUCACCUUUUCCCACAGGGGGUCACAGUCUACAUUGGCAAGCAUAGAAGAUCAUUCGUUAAACUUACACUGGACCCAACACUUUCCACGGAAGAAAUCCGUCAUACGUUGUAUCGUAAUAUAGAGCACAUUAUUCACACCAUGUCCAUCACAGAGGAGGCUGUCACUUCCUCGCUGUCUGAUAGGAUCUCCGGUGGCCGGUUCAACAAAGAUGACUUUGAGAGCAGCAGAAGAGCAUUGAAGUCCAGCCCAGGUUAUGAAAUCACAUUCACCCUUCUCAACCCAGAUCCAAAAUCUCAUGACUUGAACUGGAAUAUAAGCUCUGCUUCAGACCAUUAUAUCCAGCCGUUCCUGGACAAGUUGCAGCCUGUAGCCAACUUCUCUGUAGAAUCUCAGAUUCUGUAUUAUGCUAUCCUUGGAGUCAAUCCUCGAUUUGACAGGGAAACAUCAAGCUACAUUCUGAAUGCACACAACCUGCCCCAUGUCAUCAACCCUGUAGAGGCCAGACUUGGUUCCAGUGCUGCCUCUCUAUACCCUGUACUGAACUUUUUACUCUACUUCCCAGAGUAUUUUCACUCUCCCCUCUACAUUCAGGACAAAGAUGGCAGGAGGGUACCCAGUAAUGCAUUUCACAGCCCUCGCUGGGGUGGUAUCAUGGUAUAUAAUGUGAAUUAUGGGAAUGUGGAUGAGUUAGAAUUUCCAGUACAUGUUGAUAUUGACAUGGUAUCCGUAAUGGAGGUUUUUCUGACACAGUUACGGCUUCUUUUAGGUAUAUCAAAAGUAUUUGUGCCUGCCAGCUAUCAGCUGGAAAAUCCAGGCAAUGAAGGGCUGACUGACUGGGAAUUGGAUAAGCUUCUCUGGACAAGGGCUGUGGAAAACAUUGCUACAGUCACUACCACAUUGACCUCCUUGGCUCAGCUUUUGGAUCAGAUUGGUAACAUUGUCAUCAAUGACAAUGUGGCAUCUGAGGUUUACCAUGCGGUGUCCUCUGUUCAAAUUGCACUGUCUGAACUGGAAGCUGGCAGGCUGGAGAAUGCUUUUAAAGCAAGCAAAGAAGCCAUUACUUCUUCAGAGAAGGCUUUUUUUGACCCUUCCCUGCUUCACCUCUUGUACUUCCCAGAUGAUCAGAAAUUUGCUAUUUAUAUUCCUCUGUUCUUGCCCAUGACUGUUCCCAUCUUGCUGUCUCUGCUAAAGAUAAUUAAGGAAUACAGGUCAAGCAAGAAGGAAGCCGCCAAAACGGACUAAAGGAAGCCUUCAUAGGUCUUCACUGGAUUUCUCUGGAGAGGAGAGCAAUGUUUACUGUGUUUAUUUAUUUUCUGAAUGUACUGAUCUAAAAAACUUACUGGACAAUAGAGGUUUAUGGGAAGAUGCAGCCUGCAACCUCCAUUAUAAUUUUUUUUUUCAAAUUUGCAGCUGCAUGUAUUAAGUAUUUGAUAUCUUGUUUAUAAAAGGUUUACAGGUAUUUUGUCGACAAGCAUGAUCAUUCCCCAUGUAUUCUUCAAUUAUCCAGAAUGUUGCUUUUGUGUUUUUAUAUUGUGUGUUUACACAUACUCGACUCCUUUUUUUUUUUUUUUUAAUCCUUUUAAAAGUGCAGCGCAGACGCAGUAUAAUAAAAAGAAAAGCACUACUGACGUGUGUUAAUGUGCAAAUCCAACGUCAAUGCAAUAUGCCCUAACUGCUUGGAGUGAAUCUACUGUAUUUGAACUUGUGUGGCAUCAAAUGACAUGCAUAAACGUAGCUUAAAUCUUACUAAAAAUGCCACAAUGUAAAGUAUGUAUAUAAAUGUGAAUAAAAUAUAUUUAUUUACUGAAGUCCAAUCCACAGUUUAGUUGAUCUACUCCAAAGGUGCUCAAUGUCCAAAAACAAUCUUCAGUGUUAAUAGAUUAUUGUGUACACUCGUGGAAUGCAACACCAAUUGGUGGAUUCCAUUGGGUGUACACGAUAAUUUAUCUUUAACCAUUCUCAUUUCCAAUGUUUUUAUUCAAGAUUUUUUUAGAAAGAUAAUACAAAAUCAGCAUUUGGUAUUGCAAAAAAAAAAGGGGGGGGAUUCUUGUAC